AUGUCCAAUAGUGGGUUUAUUCAACUCGGUGCAGGCUUAAGCGUCGGUCUCGCAGGGCUCGCUGCCGGAUUCGCAAUUGGGGUUGUAGGUGAUGCCGGUGUACGUGCUACUGCACAACAACCACGAUUAUAUGUUGGGAUGAUUUUAAUUCUCAUUUUCGCUGAAGUAUUGGGUCUUUAUGGAUUAAUUGUUGGAUUGAUCUUGAAUACCAAGUCUAGUG